ACAUAACGCAUUAAUUUACAUUAAUGUUCAUUCGGGCGCGAAACAAUUAACAGGCGAUAUAAGUAAUGAGAUUUUUUUAAUAUUCUCAUUUUGGCGCGGUACUGUCAUGGCGACUGUCGUAGUAUUUAUAUGCCUGGUCUUUUGUUACAUCGGCUUCGUCAACACAAUACCACCUGCACAAUGCUUCGCCAACUUCAAAUGGGAUGACUGUGGAAUGCCACCUAAGCCCGUCAUGUACUACUGGAAACCAGGAUCGAGGUGUGAAGUGGGCAUGUGGCGGGGUUGUCUACCUAAUAUAAACAUGUUCAAAGACGAAUACGAAUGUGUUUCCACUUGCAUAUUCUCAGUAAGAGCAGCACCUUCCGAUUAUCAUGAAUUUAAUGAAAUCGACAUGGAUACUGAGACUACUACCGAUUUUGCAUUUGAAAAUGUCACCGACGCCAACUGUACCGACACUAAUUCUACCGACACCAAUUCUACUGACAUCAGUAAUUCUACCGAUACCAAUUCUACCGACGCCGGCGCUGAUGCAACGACGACGGGCAACGAAGGCGGUGAUGCAACGACGGCAGCAGCAGGCGACGGCGAUGGUAAUACAGGAGGAGGGAACGAAGAACCUCCCGCCACAACAGAGGAGCCCGGUCGCUAGGCGUUCUGAUGCUUGUAACAUACAUACACAAAAAUCCUUUCAAAUAAAUGCGUACACCAUA